GGACUCUUCAGGCCCCACCACUUCUCUGGCUCUUCCCCUCCCCCAGACAGAGUUCUAGUCUGGGCAUUUCUCCUGGUCCUGCUUGCCCAGCCUUCCCUGCUGGAAACAUUCCUGAGGCUUUCGCCAUUUCCUGCUACUUUCCGCCUCUCUUGCCUCCUCCUCCCUGCUGGGCUGAGAAGCCACAUGCAGCUUCUUCCCCACACCCAGUCGUUCAGAUUCCCAGUAGCAAUCUCCUUUCUUCCUUCAGAUUGCCAAUAGCAAUCUCCUUUCUUCCUCCGUAAAUUUAAAGAGCCCUACUUCCUCUUUCUUUUCUAAACAUGCCCACACCUGUAGGUCAUCCCUUGUCUCUGGAUUCUGCAGGCACCCACAGAAUGCUCACCUCUAAAGAUAGGAUAUCCUGGUGUGUGCUUGUGUGUGUGUGUGGGGGGGGUGGGGCGCGGUGAGGCUUUGGCAGAAUACUUUCCUCACUCUCUGUUUCUGAGUGCUGAGGCCUUAGGAAACAGAGUGAUAGAUUUUCUUCUCAGGAGUGGUGCAUGGAGUGGUAAAGCUCUCCUGGGUUGAGGACUACGGGGGCGGUGGGAAGCACAGUAUCUAACAUGUUUUCAUUGUCAGGAUUGUUAAUCACUGUAAUCACAAUAUUUGCAUUUUUUUAAUAUUCUGAAGUAAAUUUAAAGAUAGGUAAUUCCGAGGUGAGCCUGCUGAGGGUAUAUGUAUCUUUUACUACUACUUCUAUUUGGUUGCUUUCCAACUUCCCCUGUGGCCUCCUGGAGCAGAGCUGUGGCAGGAUGCUGUGGGUGGGAGGAAUGAGUUUGGGACUGUUCCCUGUGUCCAGCCUCAAUCCUCUUCUGGCACCCCUUUCUCAUGAGCACAGAUUUGACUUCUGCGCCUCUGUCCCUUCCUGGCCACUUCUCUUGGACAACCGUCCCACUGCCCCAUCUCCUGUGGUCAGACUCUUUCCUUGGUAUGAGGGGUAUCAUGCUCCUUGGUGGAUACCUGCCCUCUCUCUGGUCACUACUAAAAAGGAGGGGUAUGUGUUCACCUGGAGGUCUAGGGAUCUGACCUUAGUGUCAAUGCCCUGGCCACCCCUCACCCCUUCUGCCCUUGACAGCUUACUUUCCUGUGGAAGAGGGGGGCAGAAGAGUAUUUGGCUUGGGCCUCUGCUCCUUGGCAUGGUAGGCGCCAUGCAUGGAGAACAAGCCUCCACCAAACUGUCCUCUGCUCCUUGGCAUUGUAGGCGCCAUGCAUGGAGAACAAGCCUCCACCAAACUGUCCUCUGCUCCAGCUCCUGCCUGGUGGCUCCCUGAUGUGCCACCCAGCUUGGACUUUAUUCCUCUUACUUUAACAGCUUUGCCUUUCCUCUUGGCCCCUCCCUGCAUCCACUGGGACCAUGUCCUUCUUUUUCCCAUUUCUUUAGCUCCCUCCACAGCUGUGAUAGCCAAGGAGGCUAAUGGCCCAGGCUCCCUAGGGCCACCACCCCUCUGUGGGGCAGUGGUGGGGGGGCGCUGGGGCUGGAGGCUGAGGGAAUUUGAGUGUUCAACCAGGACAGGAAGGGAAUUGCUGAGCUCAGGAAUCCCCUCCCUUUCCCACCCCCAGCUGCCUCUGUUUCCUCCCUUAACCUCCUCCUCGCAUCCCCCCGCCCCCGUCGUCCCUCAGCUUCCUGCUCCCUUUGGCCUGCCCUUGUCCGGUCUGGAUUGAUCCAGACCUCCUCUUAUCCUCCUCCUUUCCUUCUCACUCCUCCACCCUCCCCACCCCCACCACUUUACUCCUCCCCCAGUUACUUGUUUGUAUGGUAGGGUGGGGGGACCAGGCAGGGGGACAUGGAUCCCUCUGCCCUGCAAGAGUUCUGGGUUGGGGCAGUGUUGGGGGCUCAGCCCCUCAGAGCCUGUGAGUCAGCACUGUCCUUGGGAUUGGUCUCUCCCCUUAGCUCCCCGCCCCUGGGGAGGAGCUAGGCAGCUCUAGGUCCAGCCUGUUCUCUUCUCAGCCUGAGAAGAGGCUCCAGGCUGGGCGGGGAUGGGGCCUGAAACUGUCUGGGUCUGAGCCGGGGAAGCCAGAGCUACUUGUCCCUCUCCCUCUCCAGGACCCUUGAGAUCCCUGGGCCAUAGAGGUCCGAUCAGGCUAAGGGCCUGGGAUGCCCCCUGCCUGGCCCCCUUGCCCUGACUGGCAGGGGGGCCAGGCUGGGCAGCAGCCUCCCUCUCACCCCAGCCAUGGAUCUCCUGCCCCCCAAGCCCAAGUACAACCCACUUCGGAAUGAGUCUCUGUCGUCGCUGGAGGAGGGGGCCUCAGGGUGCACCCCACCGGAGGAGCUGCCGUCCCCGUCAGCCUCGUCCCUGGGGCCCGUGCUGCCACCUGUGCCUGGGGACGACAGCCCCACCACCCUGUGCUCCUUCUUCCCCCGGAUGAGCAGCCUGAAGCUGGCCAGCCCAGCUGGGGGGCGCCCAGGCCCGAAAGGGGAGCCAGGAAGGGCAAACGAGGACGGGGAGGGGGUCGCAGGGGCAGUCACGCUGGACUCAGGCCCCCUGCCCCUCCUCCAGGACAUGAACAAGCUGAGUGGAGGCGGCGGGCGCAGGACUCGGGUGGAAGGGGGCCAGCUGGGGGGCGAGGAGUGGACUCGCCACGGGAGCUUUGUCAAUAAGCCCACGCGGGGCUGGCUGCAUCCCAACGACAAAGUCAUGGGACCCGGGGUUUCCUACUUGGUUCGGUACAUGGGCUGUGUGGAGGUCCUGCAGUCUAUGCGCGCCCUUGACUUCAACACCCGGACUCAGGUCACCAGGGAGGCCAUCAGUCUGGUGUGUGAGGCUGUGCCGGGUGCUAAGGGGGCAACAAGGAGGAGAAAGCCCUGUAGCCGUCCACUCAGCUCCAUUCUGGGGAGGAGUAACCUGAAAUUUGCUGGAAUGCCAAUCACUCUGACCGUCUCCACCAGCAGCCUCAACCUCAUGGCCGCAGACUGCAAACAGAUCAUUGCCAACCACCACAUGCAGUCCAUCUCGUUUGCAUCCGGCGGGGACCCGGACACAGCCGAGUAUGUUGCCUAUGUUGCCAAAGACCCAGUGAAUCAGAGAGCCUGCCACAUCCUGGAGUGUCCCGAAGGGCUCGCUCAGGACGUCAUCAGCACCAUCGGCCAGGCCUUCGAGCUGCGCUUCAAACAGUACCUCAGGAACCCACCCAGGCUCGUCACCCCCCAUGACAGGAUGGCUGGCUUUGAUGGCUCAGCUUGGGAUGAGGAGGAGGAAGAGCCCCCUGACCAUCAGUACUAUAAUGACUUCCCGGGGAAGGAACCACCUCUCGGGGGUGUGGUGGACAUGAGGCUUCGGGAAGGAGCCCUCCCAGGGGCUGCUCGACCCACUCCACCCAGUGUCCAGACCCCCAGCCACCUGGGAGCCACGCUGCCUGUGGGGCAGCCUGCUGGGGGAGACCCAGAAGCCCGCAGACAGAUGCCGCCCCCGCCACCCUGCUCAGCAGGCAGAGAGCUCUUUGAUGACCCCUCCUAUGUCAAUGUCCAGAACCUAGACAAGGCCCGGCAAGCAGGGGCUGGGGCCGGGCCCCCCAAUCCUGCCAUCAAUGGUAGUGCACCCCGAGACCUCUUUGACAUGAAGCCCUUUGAAGAUGCCUUGCGAAUGCCUCCACCUCCCCAGUCAACAGCCAUGGCUGAGCAGCUCCGAGGGGAGCCCUGGUUCCACGGGAAGCUGAGCCGGCGAGAGGCUGAGGCACUGCUACAAGCCAACGGGGACUUCCUGGUGCGGGAAAGCACGACCACGCCGGGCCAGUACGUGCUCACCGGCCUGCAGAGUGGGCAGCCCAAGCACCUGCUCCUGGUGGACCCUGAGGGAGUGGUUCGGACAAAGGAUCACCGCUUUGAGAGUGUCAGUCACCUCAUCAGCUACCACAUGGACAAUCACUUGCCCAUCAUCUCUGCGGGCAGCGAACUGUGUCUCCAGCAGCCUGUGGAGCGGAAACUGUGACCUGUUCCAGUGCUCUCCCUCAGAAGAUGCCCUGCGGUCCCUUCCACUCUAUUCCCUGACUCUUAGGACCUCACUUGGGAGUGUUCGUGGGCUUGGCCUUGUGUAGGACUGGGGAUACUGUGGACACUGGGUUCAGCAUGCAGCUGAGUGAGAGGGUUUGAGUCAGGAACCAGGGGUAGAGUCCUGCUUCUCCCCAAACCUCACCAAAGUAUUAAUGUACAGAGUGGCCCCCUUCCCUGGGCCUUUCCUGUGCCAACUUGAUACCCUUUUCCCCAAGGUGGGUGCUGGAGGCCUGGGCAGGAUGCUUCCUGGUAAUGGAAGAUGUUCUGUGGUGAUAGGCCCAGUGGAGUAAUCACCCUUUCAGGGAAGGGGAACUGAAUCAUACCUUUAGUCUACCCCUGGGCUCAGGGUACCCCAGACUCCUCAACAACCCUCCCUCCCAGCAUUCAAAUUUUGUGCCUUUGACCAUCUCCUAGGUCUGAAGAUAUUUUAUGCAAAGAGUUCUUGGGCCCCUGAAGUCAAGAAUGGGGGUGCUGACAGCUUCUUGGCUUUUGGGACCCUGUCCUCUCCUCGCUCAGCACCUCCUCCAGUUUAGGUUGGGCCAGCAGAGGCAGGAGUAGCAGCUGUCCCCUCUCCCUGGGAUGUGCAGCCCUUAGAGACUGCCGCGGCGCCCUGCUCUCAGCCAGUGGGGAGAUGGACCCCUCCCUUGCUCAGUGCCUCCUGGCCAGGGCCCCCUCACCCAGGGCUCUGUAUAUACAUUUCGUAAGCCACCCCCCCCCCCCACCAUGUUGCAUGCAUGUUAUACUCUACAGCCAAAGUACAGCCCUUCUUCCUGGCCUCUGCCCUGCCUCCCCCUGCAGGGGUGGUGAGGGGGGUGACGGAGCUGCCAUCCCAGCUGGAUUUGGUCGAGGUGGGAACAGGGGCAUUGAGACUUUAAAGCAGUAGACAAUCCCCAGAUACCAUCGGUAGGUUUGGAACUGCGUUUUUUACUUUAUAUGCAUAUAUUUUAGGGCUGUAGAUUUACUUUCCUAAUUUGUUUUCCAUAGCUUAUUCCUGAGCACAAAAUGAUGAUAAUCGAUGACAUUUAUACAUCACCUCUUUGACUUUUUCAAAGCCCUUUUACGACUAUUGGCAUUUUCCUCACCCCGGCCUGUGGGGCAGUUGGAACCGGUAGCAUUAUCUUUUCUACCAGAGAGACCCAGAGAAGUGGAGUGUAAGCUAGGACUAGAGAAACUUGGCCCUCCCACUGCGAGGCGGGGAGGCAGAAGUUUGGCUGUUAGUUUCACACGAGGCGGGGUCACGGUUAUUUAAUCCCUUCUCCAGGCCUCGCCUUGCAGCAGCAACAGAGGAGCCGGUCCUGCUCUGUCUUUAGGCUUUGUAGCUAAGGGAGAGUGGACUAUCUAAAUCCUCGCCUCCCUUUUGUUCUUUUCUUUUUGUUUGGAUGUUUUCACGGGUCUCACUUAUACCAAAGGGAAAGAAUCUUCAUUAAAGUCCAUAUUUCUUCUACCUCGG